GGAAGUGAGAUUUGUAGUACUCUACCUACGACGUCAACUUUGCUUCGAGAGCAAACUGCAUCGUUCAAGCUCUUAUUGUCAGUUUAUUUUCCCCUUCCUGCGAUCGGAAAACGUUGAUCGGCAAAAGGCGCUCUCGGUCAGCAGGGCCUGUCUGUCUCUUGGUUAAACAAGGAUUACGUUCGACUGUCUUCUGCGGUAGACCAUGCACGGCCGAGUGAAAGUAAAGUCCACUGCUCAGCAGGAGGAGGAGAAGAGGAAAGAGAGGGAGAAGAAGUUAAAAGUGUACCUGUCCGCUCGUGACGCCGUCUUCAGCAAGAAAAGCAACGGUGUUCUGGAUGAAGAAGCGCUACAGCUCACCCAGCAGCUCUUGUCUUCGAAUCCCGACUUCGCCACCCUGUGGAACUUCAGGAGAGAGAUUCUGCUUCACCUGGAAACUGUAAAAGAGGAGGAAGAGAUGCAGAAGCUGUAUGAGCUGGAGCUCCUCUUCACGGAGUCCUGCCUGAAAGUCAACCCCAAGUCAUAUGGCAGCUGGCACCACCGCGGCUGGGUGUCGUCGCGCCUGCCGAGGCCUGACUGGCCACGCGAGCUCAGCCUGUGUGACCGCUGCCUCAGCGUGGAUGAACGCAACUUCCACUGCUGGGACUACCGUCGCUUCGUGGUGAAAGCAUCCGGCGUUCCCGUGUCCCAGGAGCUGCGGUUCACAGACCGUCUGAUUGGCUCUAACUUCUCCAACUACUCCAGCUGGCACUACCGGAGCACUCUGCUGCCUUUGCUGCAGCCAGGGACCCCCUCGCCCUGCCGGAAGCCCGCGCACGUGUCGCCCACUGCCUCGCCACAGACGCACGGCCACCGAGUGUGUGAAGAGCAGCUACUUAAGGAAUAUGAGCUGGUGCAGAAUGCCUUCUUCACUGACCCUAAUGACCAGAGUGCCUGGUUCUACUACCGCUGGCUCCUUGGAAGAGCUGAGCGGGAGGAGAUGAUCAGCUGUGUGUACGUGAGCAGGGAAGGCGAGAGAGUAACCGUGGCCUUCUCCAAGCUUGUCAACGCUCCUGCUGAGGGGCUCGUGUUGGUGUUGGAUGGUCAGCCGCAGCAGGUGGAGUGGAGGAGCGUUCACCCUCUGUUCCGUCACAGUCCUGUCUGGCUGUGUGAGCUUCCUCCUGGCUCUAUUAGCGACAUAAACAAUGAGCACAACCUGACAGUGCAUUGGACUGAGAAACACACUCACAGAGAUUGUGCCCUCUAUACAGGUCGGCUUGAGAGUUGGUGCCGUGAUUCUGCAACUGACCAGGAGCUCUUCAGGAGUGAACUGUCUAUAGAGAAGACCUCAGUUCUGCAGUCUGAACUCCAGUCCUGCGGUCAGCUCCUGGAGCUGGAACCUCAAAACAAAUGGUGUCUCUUGACCACGAUCCUACUGAUGAGAGCUCUGGAUCCCUUGGGCCAUGAGAGGGAGACCCUUGCUCAUUUCCAAACUCUGAAGGAAGUGGACCCCAUGCGUAGCUCCUACUACAGUGAUUUGUGCAGUAAGUUUAUGAUUGAGAACACUAUUCUAAAGAUGGAGUACGCAGAGGUGCGCGUCUUCAGUCUCUCUGACAAGAACCUGAGUACCCUUUGUCACCUGGAUCAACUGCUAUUGGUCACUCAUAUCAAUCUGUCAUCCAAUCAGCUUCUGAAGCUGCCGCCACAGUUUGCCAUGUUGCAUUGUCUCAAGGUGCUGGAGGCUGACAAUAAUGCCAUCGAGAAUCUGGAAGGGCUAUACCAGCUGCCCAAGCUAGAGGAUGUGUCUUUAAGAAACAAUCAUAUCUCUAAACUCUCUACAUUGGAACCCCUCGUAUCCUGUCCAAAACUCAUCAGACUGGAUCUCCGUGGCAACCCUAUCACCAAGACUGCCAAUAUCCAGGCAGAACUGGCUCAGCUGUUACCAUCGGUUACUGAUCUUUUGAUUUGAUGGGUCUAAGGACGGCGUGUGUCUGUGUGUGUUUGUGUUUUUUCGUCUCAUGUUGUCUAUUUAUUCCAGUGUAUGGGACUCAUUAGAACCUGAAGCUGGUUUUAACACUGUAAACUUGCACUGGGCUCAAAGAGACUUCAGAUUGUGUGGGUGUGGCCCUUUGGGUGUGUGCCCUUUAGUGUUCAUGUUUCAUUUUCAUUUGUCAACUGCAUGCUGAUAGAUAGAAGAUAAUAUUUUGUGUGUGUGUUUGUAUGCGCUUGGCACAUGCACAUAUGUAUCUGUGUGUCUAAAGUGGUUUUCAUUUAAAUUUAUGAAGAUACUGUAUGUGAAUCCUAACAGUCUUUCUGAUGGUAAUGGCAGAGUGUAAGAUUAAUGAAAUGUAUUUUCAUUUUAUGGAUUCGGCAAACAUCUUGGAUAAAGGUCUUCAAGUCUGCACUUUAAAUCCAAAGUCUGCUCCUGGAUUUUGUAAUCACUGAUUGUUUUACUGCAGAUUUUCCACUUUAACCAGUCUGAUACGGCCAAUCUUGUUCGUCAACUGUCGAAUGACCAGUGACAAAAUUCAGGACCAGAAACUGGAUGCGGAGUCCUGAACAGAAAAGCUCUGAUGUCAGCUAAGCUUCUAGUACAGGCCAACGUGCCUCCAUACAAUCUAAAAGUCCCUGUAGUCUGCCAGCUGCCACCGCAGCCUACAGGUACAGCAGGUUACGUGUCGUGUGUUGUUUCCUGCUGAAGCUGGCUUGGCCUACAACUUUGGGGCCCUGUCCGUUACAUUCCUGCUGAUGUCAGUAAAGCAGUACAUGCCUGUCAGCUCUACCUUUCCAGACUCCUGUUUUAACUAAGCUGUCUGCCUCCCAGGGACAUUUCCUUCCAAACUCGAAUGACCAGCUCCAGCUGUGUUUUACUCAACUUUGUGUUUAAGCUGUGUGUGUAUCCCUAGUUAAGCCUAAGCAUGUACAGAACAUAUCUAUUCCUGAAACUACUAUUGCCACAGAAUGUGUAUUACUAUAUGAAUUUUGUUAGUAAGUAUUCACUGCAGUAGAUUUAGCCACAAUGACCUUUUAAAAUCCAACAGUGGCUCCAUCAUGGUAAUUAUAAUUUUAUUUUUCUAGCUAA